UCAUUUUACCGCCUUAAUUUCUGCCUUUAUGUCUCGUUAAACUAAUAAAAUCAUACAUUAACCUUUCAUAGGAUCUUCAUGAUACAUAAACUGUAAAAACUAAAACCUGCAAGUUGCUCUUCAUCUUCCUUUUAGUAAUCGAAAUACCAAAGAAAACAUCUUUCAUCUUUUCAAGAGGAAAUCAUCUGCUGCGUAGAGUCUCUUUAUUAGACAUUUAAAGGAUAAAGUCCUUCCUCCCAGUAUGAAACCACAGCUGGAACUGGUGGAACAGAAUUCUGAUCUCCGUGUUGUGACGACGAGCUGGAAGGUCUCCGUGUGUGACGUCUUGACGCAGCGUAUGCAGAGGGCGUGUCGGGACGCGUCAGAUACGGAAGUGAUGUGCAGUCAGCAGACUGAAAAAAAACAACAACAACAUCAGCUCGGUGUUUGUCUGAAUCACACGGAGCCGCGCGGUGUCACAGCUCCACACACACCGUCACACUCCGCUCCUCUACCCGCGGACACACCGUCACACUCCGCUUCUCUACCCGCGGAGGGUUCGCAGGCAGCGGGGACAGAUGUGGAUCCAGCCGGAGGAGGUGCUGCUGGCCGGAGCUCUGUGGGUGUCUGAGCGGGCCAACCCGUUCUUCAUCCUACAGAGGAGGCGGGGGCACGGUCGCGGGGGGGGGCUGUCCGGUCUCCUGGUUGGGACUCUGGAUGUGGUCCUGGACUCCAGUGCUAGAGUGGCUCCUUACAGGAUUCUGCUGCAAACUGCAGACUCCCAGAUCUACUGGAACAUUGCCUGUGGCUCAAACAGGAAGGAGAUCACGGAGCACUGGGAUUGGCUGGAGUCCAACCUGCUGCAGACCAUCUCCAUCUUUGACAGUGAUGAAGAUGUCACCACCUUCGUCAAAGGAAAGAUUUGUGGCCUCAUCGCGGAGGAGAAGCGGCUGCAGCCGGGGGAGGAGCCUGAGGAGGACUGUGGGAAGUUUCGGGAGGCAGAGCUAAAGAUGAGGCGGUUGUUCCGAAUGCCGGAGGAGGAGAAGCUGGUGAAUUAUUACUCUUGCAGCUACUGGAAGGGCAGAGUGCCACGGCAGGGCUGGCUCUAUCUAUCCGUCAACCACCUGUGCUUCUACUCAUUCCUAUUGGGCAAGGAAGUGACCUUGGUGGUGCAGUGGACGGAGGUCACCCAGCUGGAGAAGAAUGCCACUCUUGUGUUCCCGGAGAGCGUCCGUGUCAGCACGCGUCACGAGGAACAUUUCUUCUCCAUGUUCCUCAACAUCAACGACACCUUCAAGCUGAUGGAGCAGCUUGCCAACAUCGCCAUGCGCCAGCUGCUAGACAACGAGGCGUUCGCUGCCGACCGCUCGCUGCCCAAACCCUGCAAGACGCUCAAGAACGUUUCUGCGCUCAAGAGGGACUUGGACGCGCGGGCAAAGAAUGAGCGGUACCGGACCAUGUUCAGGCUGACGCAGGACGAGCGUCUGGACGGACACACUGACUGCACGCUGUGGACACCAUUUGCGAAGAUGCACGUAGUCGGACAGCUGUUCAUCUCCAACAACUACAUCUGUUUCAGCAGCAGAGAAGAAGAGCUGUGUCAGCUGAUCAUCCCGCUCAGAGAGGUGUCCAUCGUGGAGAAAGCGGACAGCAGCAGUGUCCUACCUUGUCCCGUCUCCAUCAGCACCAAGAACAAGAUGACCUUCCUGUUCGCCAACCUCAAAGACCGGGACUUCCUGGUGCAGCGGAUCUCUGACUUCCUGCAGCGGACGCCCGACAGCUGCUGGGGCGACACCAGCCCGCUGUCUCUGAUUGGUCAAUCGGCACCUACCGGCUCCGAGUCUGUCAGCAGGGGGCGACAUUACCAUGCUGGCCUCCCCACCGCCAGCCGAGCGCUGCUGCAGCUCUACCAGCAGGAGGCUACAGAGGACCUGGGCCCCCGAGCUAUGAAGGAGAAGAUGAAGGAGGAGGCGUGGAACAUCCAUUUCUCAGAGUUCGGUCGAGGUGUCUGUAUGUACAGAACCUCUAGAACCAGAGAACUCAUCCUGAACGGGAUCCCAGAGAGCCUGAGAGGGGAGCUGUGGCUGCUGUUCUCUGGAGCCCAGAAUGAGAUGGCGUCCCACCCUGGUUACUAUGGCGACCUGGUGGAGCAGGCCAUGGGGCUUUGUUCAUUGGCUACCGAGGAGAUUGAGCGCGACCUUCACCGCUCGAUGCCCGAACACCGAGCCUUCCAGAACGAGACGGGCAUCGCUGCGCUGCGCCGUGUCCUCACCGCCUACGCUCACCGGAACCCGGGCAUCGGAUACUGCCAGGCGAUGAACAUCGUCACCUCCGUCCUGCUGCUCUACUGUACGGAGGAAGAAGCCUUCUGGCUGUUGGUGGCGCUGUGUGAGCGGAUGCUGCCAGACUACUACAACACCAGGGUCGUAGGAGCUCUGGUGGAUCAGGGCGUGUUCGAGGACCUGACCCGGGCCUUCCUGCCCCUGCUGUAUGAACACAUGCAGGAUCUGGGCGUGAUCUCCACCAUCAGCCUGUCCUGGUUCCUCACCCUCUUCCUGUCUGUGAUGCCCUUCGACAGCGCCGUGCUGCUGGUCGAUUGCUUCUUCUACGAGGGCAUCAAGGUCAUCUUCCAGGUGGCGCUGGCGGUGCUCCAUGACAACAUGGACGCCCUGCUAUCCUGCAGAGACGAGGGAGAAGCCAUGACCAUCCUGGGCAGGUACCUGGAUAACGUUGUGAAUAAACAGACGGUGGCUCCACCCAUCCCUCACCUGCACGCCCUGCUGACGAGCGGUGACGAGCCGCCACCUGAGAUCGAUGUCUUCGACCUCAUCAAGUCAUCCUACGAAAAGUUCGGCAGUUUGCGCUCUGAUGUCAUUGAGCAGAUGAGGUUCAAGCAAAGGUUAAAAGUCAUUCAGUCUCUGGAGGACACGGCCAAGAGGAGCGUGGUGAGAGCGAUGAUGACGGAGUCAGCUUUCAGCAUCGAGGAGCUGGAGGAGCUGUACUGUCUUUUUAAGGCACAGCAUAUGACCAGCUGUUAUUGGGGCUCCAGCAGCUCAGCAGCGGAGCGUCACGAUCCGAGCCUGCCGUACCUAGAGCAGUACCGCAUCGACCCUGUGCAGUUCACCCAGCUGUUCACCGCGCUUGCUCCCUGGCUCUGUGGAGGCCACACCCCCUCGCUGUCCGCCCGUCUCUUCAGGAUCCUGGACCAGAACCAGGACGGCCUUGUCAACUUCAAGGAGUUCAUCACCGGACUCAGUGGAAUGUAUCACGGAGACAUGACAGACAAACUCAAACUGCUGUUCAAGCUCCACCUGCCACCAGCUUUGUGUGCGGAGGAGGCCGAGUCUGCUCUGGAGGCAGCGCACUUCUUUACUGAAGAUGCAACACAAGAAUCUUCCUUCCUGUCUAAUCCGGACAUUAUGGGGCAGCAGGAAGUGACAUCAGGUGAGGAGGGGCAGGAUGGAGGUGGAGACAGUGAGGAGAAGAAAGAGGAGAAGGUGAAGGACUACAGGUACUACCUGAGGAUGUGGGCCAAAGAGAAGGAACCCAAGAGAGAGACCAUCAAAGACCUGCCCAGGAUGAACCAGGAGCAGUUCAUAGAGUUGUGUAAGACGCUCUACAACAUGUUCAGCGAGGAGCCGUUGGAGCAGCAGUUGUAUCACUCCAUCGCUACCGUUGCCAGUCUGCUGCUGCGCAUCGGCGAGGUCGGCAAGAAGUUCAACAACGGCUGCAAGAGGACCGACAGCAGCCAGGCCCCGCCCGCCGCGCAGGCCCCGCCCACGGCCCAGGCCGAGCAGGAGGGGCCGGGUGAGGGGGUGUCGGACGAGUCCCGGGUGUGCCAGGCGCUGGCCGACGCCCAGCUGGAAACGGACGAGGACGCCAAAGACGACAUUUCGGUGUCGUCGUACUCGGUGGUGAGCUCCGGCUCGCUGCAGUGCGAGGACAUCGCCGACGACACCGUGCUGAUCGGCGGCGGCGAGCAGAGGCGAGGCAGCGUGCUGGACGCCGAUUGGUCGAUCACCUUCGAGCAGGUGCUCGCGUCGCUGCUGACCGAGCCGCCGCUCGUCGACUAUUUCGAGAAGAAGAGGGACAUCCAGGCCAAGAUGGCCGCCUGUAAGGCUCAGCGGGCGGUGGAACGUCAGAUUAGCUCCGCCUCCGACCACGAAUUCACCCAGCACUCUGUCUGAGUUUUGACCUUUGACCUCCACCUGCUCACACCUGUCCUCACCUUUCCUCGUGUAUCCUGUCUGAAGCAGGUGAAGCAGGUGAAGAUUUACAGUAACAGAACUACGGAAGCCUCAAAGUCCCAAAAGACAUUUUAUUAAUAAUUUCUGUCUCAGUUUCUGCUCGUUAAAUAAGAACCAGACUUGCAAGCAGGUUUACCACAACAACAAAUUACAUAAAUAAUUAACAAUUAUAUUAAUUAAUAAUUAAACUUUGUGGAUUUCUUUGGAAACUGGCGGAAAAAAUCUUUCAGAAUAAAAGUUUGAGUUACAGAAAAAUGACUGAAUGAGGAACAGAAACAGCUCAGAAACAUUAAUGUGCUCAUGACGUCGUGUUUCUCACGUUUCUGUUUCUUUUAUUUCACUGAAGCCUUUGUUUGUUUUUCUCUGAUGACAUCAUCGCCGUUAAAUGACAUCAGAGGAAGUGUUUUUAUGUUCUCUCUGUUGUCUUUGUUGUAUUUUAAAUCCAUUCUAUUGAUUAGUUAUCGAUCUGUAUCUGUUGUCUAAUAAAUACUGAAGGAAAUCCCUUUCCUCUUCCUCCUCUU